AUGGUGACCAGACUUAGUAAAGAGAGUGAGAUAGACGAGCCUAUCUCUGAGCCUCGAAGCAUGGAUUGGCGAGCAGAGAACAAGCUCGUGCGUGAGCAUAUCGUGCGGGUUGGUCUACAAGGAUCAUACAUUCCUCGCGUUGGUGAAAUUGUUCUCUGGGUGCCUCGACUGAACGGUGGCGAGCUCAAAUACAACGAGCAAGAAAGGUCGUAUCAGAUCUAUUCCUCCAAAAGGCACCGAUUUAUAGGUCGACCAGAUUGGAGAGCAGGAACGGUCAGUGAAGUACCAGAUAAAGAUCCCGUGGUUCUUGAAGACCUGAUUGAGCCGACCAAAAAGACUUGGGAAGUCAACUACUCCGGAUUCCGAGUUGAGACAUUUCCAGACCCCAACAGCGACGAUAAGAGCGCUUCACUUCAGUACCAAUAUGUGCACAUCUAUGUCCUGCGGCCAUUCAAUUCGUGGCCUACAUGGCUGGAAAAUGUGCCUCAGAAGGAAUGGCAUCCUUCCAUUAAACAUGCAAUGACGGUAAUGUCUUCAGUCAGCAUGGUUAACAAAUAUCAUUUCAAGGGCGUAUGGCCUAACGCAUCGAUUUAUUGUCGUGGAAUGUUUCUCGGCCCUGAAAUGAUAGUUGUCGGCGACACGGUACGACUAAAGCCGAAAGGAGCGGCGGUCAGCCGACUGUCACCCAUCACGGACGUAAUGGUCAUCAAACGCAUAGAAUUUCGACUCAACUCGUGCAUUGAGGACGCACAAUCACCGCAUCUUGCGAAAUCAUAUGCUGUGCGCGUGCGCGGGAACGUAUAUACAUAUUUACCGACUAGAGCAUACCGCACAUCCGAAGGGUACGGCAGCCAACCACUCAAUCAACAAGAACUCACAGACGCAUUCCAACAGGUUGGCAUGAGCGAAUACGGGGCUUGGUACUGCACGCACAAACCCGGCACGGCAGUCGAUAUAUCGCACGACAUGAUUAUCGGCCGAUGCUACGAGCCCACAGCCAUGCAGUUAAUGUUUGGUCACAUCUCAAUAGACUAUGACCUCUUCGGCACGCUCGUCAGCCGGAAAUGGUCGCGCGAAACCGACGAGCGCAUGGAAGAUGGGCAGGACUGGUUCUGGGCCGAUUACAGGGUCCAAGCACUCUCUCUCGACACACUGAAUGGCGACGAAGUCGGCCGGUAUUCCGAAGCACGGGAACCGCGGAUGUGGAAGGGUGUACUGAAUAUACUUGACGGCACAGCUACGCAGGCGGAUUGGGAGGCGGCAAAACUGCCCCGAAACGCGGGUAGACAGCCCGGUCGACCAAGCAAGUCGCAGUUUGCGGAGGUGCAGAAGAUGAGUUCGUUGGUUAGCAGUGGGUUGAAUAUGGAAGGCAGUGCGAAUAUGAGCUCGGACGAUGAGACGGUCAAUACUUCGUCUGAGGAGGAGAUUGAUAAAGAAGAAAGGGAUCUGGUUGCGGUCAAAGGGUCGGAUACGGGUACUCCACCUGAUAUUGCCAGACUCACUCAACAGAAGGAUGGGAGCGUCAAGGAUAGAAACGACGACGAUGGCGACGACGAAGAUGACUGGGAUGGAGACCCCGCCGUCCUCAUACAGUCAUUCAAACCUCAUCCUCUCCCAAUCCGAGAUUCUCCUGUCAAACAUCCACAGUUCAAACGUCCGAGAAUUGACUUUUAG